AUGAAGUACACUACUGCCCUCAUUGCUCUGGCUGCCACUGCCAUCGCCGCCCCCACCACUGGUGAUGGCGCUGGUGAUGGCACCAAUGGCGGAGGUAGCAGUGGCGGAGGUAGCAGUGGUGGAGGUAGCGGUGGUGGAGGUAGCAGUGGUGGAGGUACCUGCAACAGCAAUCAGGUCGCUGUUUGUUGCAGUGGCCUUAUAGGAGGCAUACUCUGCAACAUUGGCGUCCUUGGAACGGGCUGCAGUAGCGGCUCUUACUGCUGUGACUCGAACGCGGAACAGGGAGGCCUUAUCAACUUGAACCUUCUCAACUGUGUUGCUCUUUAA